GUUUUGGUUCUAGUAAAAGGGGAAGUUGCAAGAAGAAAGAAAAAAGGAGGAGACGUGAUCGGGGUUGUUGAAAUUAUUUGUAUGUUCAACAAUACGUAUCUGUCCGCACUGCAACCUUUAUUUUGUGUAUAGACUCGUGUGUGGUAUUCUGUGUUCGUCAACCGCCUGGCACUCAGGUAUAGUAAGCAAAAUGGUGUGACAAGUUGUAGAUUUCAGCUCAUUAGUUGUCAACAGGCUAGCUUAGCUAGCUUGAUAUGCUACAUUGGCGUCUGAUGAGAAAUGCAGAAAAUAGGCCGUGGCCCGGAUUUGGGUCGGGAAGAGACCUAACAACGCUGAAGCCCUGACAGCAUAGUCAGACGUGCGGGACAAACACUGACCGGGGGAACUGACUAGGCCAUGGCCAACAGGGGAGGAGCUACGAGACCCAACGGGUCUAACGCUGGUAACAAGAUCUGCCAGUUCAAGCUGGUACUUCUGGGGGAGUCGGCGGUGGGCAAGUCCAGCCUGGUGCUUCGCUUCGUCAAGGGACAGUUCCACGAGUUCCAGGAGAGCACCAUUGGAGCGGCCUUCCUGACCCAGACAGUGUGUCUAGACGACACGACGGUGAAGUUUGAGAUCUGGGACACGGCAGGACAGGAGCGCUACCACAGCCUGGCGCCCAUGUAUUACAGAGGGGCGCAGGCCGCCAUCGUGGUCUACGACAUCACAAAUGAGGAGUCAUUUGCACGGGCCAGGAACUGGGUGAAAGAGCUGCAGAGACAAGCCAGCCCCAACAUUGUCAUCGCCCUGUCUGGCAACAAAGCUGACCUCGCCAGCAAGAGAGCCGUGGACUUCCAGGAUGCCCAGUCAUAUGCAGACGACAACAGCUUGCUCUUCAUGGAGACGUCGGCCAAGACGUCUAUGAAUGUGAACGAGAUAUUCAUGGCUAUUGCAAAAAGAUUGCCCAAGAGCGAGCCUGCGGCCACUGGAGCUAACAGCGGGCGGAACAGGGGCGUCGACCUAACGGAAGCCGCCCAGCCAACUAAGGCCCCCUGCUGCAGUACUUAAAGUGAAAUCCGUUCCCCCCCCCACACUGCAGUAACUAAUGUGAUGACCCUGCCCGCCCGCCCAAAACUCUCUGAUCUGCAGCAAUGAAAAAAGAUGCCCUUUGAACCCCCUUCCCAUCCUACCCUUCUCCUCCUCUCUGCAGUAACUAAUGCAAAGCAACGCCCUCAUCUAUAGUUCUCUCAACGACGCCCCGCCCCUCCCUCUCCCCUACUGGUUCUGCUGUUACUAAUUGAGACACCUCCCACCUUCCUCCUUUUUUUCUGAAAUUAGUGCCCGCCUUCCCUACCUCAUUCUUCCUGACUAUUGGCAAGCAGCAGGACUAAGGGGUGGGGCAACUCUGAUGGUGGUCUCAUCUCCUGGGAUAGCUACAGACUAUCGCUCUGUCUUUCUAACACAAUCUCUGUCCUUUCUGUUUGUUUUUUGGUUUUGUUUAGUUUUUUUUAUAGUGGGAAUUAUGGAUGCAUGUAUCACUACAAGGCCUAACUUGAUGAUGAGAAAAAAAUCUGUGUUAACUUUAUUCAGUGGCACAAAAAAUAUAUAUUUGAGAGGGAGAGAGGCUCCAAAGGUUUGCGAGGGCAAAUUCUAAAGUCUAAAGAAAAGACUGUUUAGCAGUGGUCUUGGGUUCCUUCUAGUUUCUCUCUGUUCUAUGUCUAUCCUCAAUCUGUCUCUUCAGUAACGUAUUCAUAUGCUUUGCCCACUAAACCUUUAGUAGCGCUAGUAUAGAGUUUCUCCCUUCUCUCUCUCUUUGUCCCAACCCAGGGCCUUGCCUGCUUCUAAUGCUCAGCCCCAAAUCAAACCCUAACCCCUUAGGUACUUCAUGUAGGUCUGAGAGGAUUUCAGGUCUAAACAAUCGGGUGAACAUUCCACCUAGCCUAUCAGAGGGCAAGUUGGAGCGAUCCCCAUAAUGCUCACACCUAUUCAAUUCUCUCAGGUCUACCUAAGGGGUUAGAGGGCAAUUUGGGAUUGGGCAUAGCUGUCCUAGUGGCAUUGUGCAAUGGUUCACAGUAUUGGCUCUGUGAUUUCUUCAGUGUCUGCAAGGACCUUCACACUGCAAAGCAAAGCAACCUGCCUCAACACCCUCCCCAACCCUACCUGCUAUCACCACCUUACCCCCACCAACCCUACCUGCUAUCACUUCCUUACCCUUCCCAACCCUACCUGCUAUCACCACAUUACCCCCACCAACCCUACCUGCUAUCACUUCCUUACCCUUCCCAACCCUACCUGCUAUCACCACCUUACCCCCGCCAACCCUACCUGCUAUCACCACCUUACCCCCGCCAACCCUACCUGCUAUCACUUCCUUACCCCCGCCAACCCUACCUGCUAUCACCACAUUACCCCCGCCAACCCUACCUGCUAUCACCACAUUACCCCCACCAACCCUACCUGCUAUCCCCUUCCCAACCCUACCUGCUAUCACCACCUUACCCCCCACCAACCCUUCCUGCUAUCCCUCCCCCAACUCCCCCCAACCCUUCCUGCUAUCCCUCCCCCCCAACCCUUCCUGCUAUCCCUCCCACCAACCCUACCUGCUAUACCCCCACCAACCCUACCUGCUAUCACUUCCUUACCCUUCCCAACCCUACCUGCUAUCCCCACCUUACCCCCCCAACCCUACCUGGUAUCCCCCCCACCAACCCUACCUGCUAUCCCCACCUUACCCCCCCAACCCUACCUGCUAUACCCCCACCCAACCCUACCUGCUAUCACCACAGUAUGGCAUCGGGCCUCUGAGACUUCACAGGUUACACCACACCUUACCCCCCCGCCCACUGAAUGCCAAGCCUCCAGAGCCCUUUCUCCUGACCUGAUGGUCUCUCUGAGGGAGGGUUACAUCCUGAUCCAUACUGGUUACAAUGUCAGCUGAUGUUCAUUACGUCUCAACAUGUAAUGGAUGAGAUUAGGUCAUGGUUCAGGUUAUGAGGCCUGUCCAGGUGUAAACAAGAUGCUGGCUGGAAGGCAGCUGUUUUCCACUUGGAGAGACAGGGGAGCAUGAUGACAUGACCUCUGUAGGUGUUGAGACAGGGGAGCAUGAUGACAUGACCUCUGUAGGUGUUGAGACAGGGGAGCAUGAUGACAUGACCUCUGUAGGUGUUGAGACAGGGGAGCAUGAUGACAUGACCUCUGUAGGUGUUGAGACAGGGGAGCAUGAUGACAUGACCUCUGUAGGUGUUGAGACAGGGGAGCAUGAUGACAUGACCUCUGUAGGUGUUGAGACAGGGGAGCAUGAUGACAUGACCUCUGUAGGUGUUGAGACAGGGGAGCAUGAUGACGUGACCUCUAGGUGUUGAGAGAGGGGAACAUGGUGAGCUGACCUCUAGGUGUUGAGAGAAGGGAACAUGGUGAGGUGACCUCUAGGUGUUGAGAGAAGGGAACAUGGUGAGGUGACCUCUAGGUGUUGAGAGAAGGGAACAUGGUGAGGUGACCUCUAGGUGUUGAGAGAGGGGAACAUGGUGAGGUGACCUCUAGGUGUUGAGAGAAGGGAACAUGGUGAGGUGACCCCUAGGUGUUGAGAGAAGGGAACAUGGUGAGGUGACCUCUAGGUGUUGAGAGAGGGGAACAUGGUGAGGUGACCUCUAGGUGUUGAGAGAGGGGAACAUGGUGAGGUGACCUCUAGGUGUUGAGAGAAGGGAACAUGGUGAGGUGACCUCUAGGUGUUGAGAGAAGGGAACAUGGUGAGGUGACCUCUAGGUGUUGAGAGAGGGGAACAUGGUGAGGUGACCUCUAGGUGUUGAGAGAAGGGAACAUGGUGAGGUGACCCCUAGGUGUUGAGAGAAGGGAACAUGGUGAGGUGACCUCUAGGUGUUGAGAGAGGGGAACAUGGUGAGGUGACCUCUAGGUGUUGAGAGAGGGGAACAUGGUGAGGUGACCUCUAGGUGUUGAGAGAAGGGAACAUGGUGAGGUGACCUCUAGGUGUUGAGAGAAGGGAACAUGGUGAGGUGACCCCUAGGUGUUGAGAGAAGGGAACAUGGUGAGGUGACCUCUAGGUGUUGAGAGAAGGGAACAUGGUGAGGUGACCUCUAGGUGUUGAGAGAAGGGAACAUGGUGAGCUGACCUCUAGGUGUUGAGAGAGGGGAACAUGGUGAGGUGACCUCUAGGUGUUGAGAGAAGGGAACAUGGUGAGGUGACCUCUAGGUGUUGAGAGAGGGGAACAUGGUGAGGUGACCUCUAGGUGUUGAGAGCUUCUUCAUUAGGAAUCAGCUGACACUGUGGCCCUGGGUGUGUCCCAAAUGUCACCCUAUUCCCCAAAUAGUGCACUGCUUUUGACUAAAGCCCUGGUCAAAGGUAGUGCACUAUAUAGAGAAUAGGGUGCCAAUUAGGACGUCUCUCUUUGUCAUGGUCACUAUUCAUCCCCUGUUCUUUAGGAAGUGCUGUGUGUGUGGGGGUGUGUGUACACAGAGGGAGACUGGGCUGUUUGGUGAUAAAACAUCCUCAUAGACACAACAAACACAGUCAGAUGCAGGUUUAUUUCUCCAAACCCUCCCAGAUCUAAAUAACACACACAAGCUAAAACACGGCUCGCUCACACACAUACACUUUUGUGUUAUUUUUAAACCCUGGACCUGUUACAUACAUACAUUUAUACACACAUGCAUUUAAACACACAUACACACAACCCGUCCUGGUCAAUAACUCUGUCCAGGUCUCUUCCUCAUGCCUUGCACUAAUGAUUCUCAUGAAUAUAUCUUGUCAUAAUUACAGCCAGUGUGAUAUAAAUAUAUAUAUAUAAUAUACUGUACAUAGGGUGUUGCAAUGUAGUGUACUUUUUCCAUUUACAGUUGACAGGACUAAUGCUUGCUAGGGAGUUGUCUAGAUAAUCAUUAAAAACUGUACAGUUAGCAGAAAACGGCUUCAGUGUGGGUUUGGAGUUGUUUUUUUCCCCACAAAAAAUGUUUAAAUUAUAAUCCAUGGUGGUCUUUAUAAAUGUAGUGUUAUUAACAAAAAAAUACUUUAUUUCUCAAGAAAAGCAAAAUGUUUCUUUUUUUGGGUUUCUAUUUUUUAACAUUCUCUCGCAUUUCACUCAUUUGUGAGUGAUCUAAAGCUAGGAUGCCCUGUCUAGUACUCCUCAUCCCACUAGAACUGAAGUCACACGCAAUACACUGUCUGGGUGUUGAAUCCCUGUUGAAGCAAAGCGCAAAGGAUUUUACAAAAUUCACUUUCCGCUUGUCUUAUAACGUCUCAGUAAGAAUGUAACAACGUUGUGGGAACAAUAUUAACAACCUUAGUAGGAGAAGAAAGACUGCUCUGUUCUACUGUUGGGGUAUUAGCUGGUGGAUCAUGAUCAUGAUGAUGAAUAAAUGGAUUAACUCAUA